AUGUCUAAACAAGGAAACAAAAAAUAUUACUACAUAGAAAGUGCCAAGUGGCAGCCUCCGCCUAAUGAUCCUUUGCCGACUCCACGUGAGUUAGCAUAUAGAGGUGCCAAAAGAAAAAUCGGCGAGAUACAAUACCAAGAAGGUUUUUGUAGGACAUCCAUAGCCCUUGAUCAAGCAGAAUAA